UAUUUUCCAUAUGCACCAACUCCAACUCCAAAUCCAAAUCCACAACCAACACCACAACCACAACCGCAACAAACACAAAAUCCAAAUCCAAGACCAAAUCCAAGAACAACUCUUAAUUCAACAGUUUGGUCUUACUUACCUACCCCAACUUCAACCUCAAUACUAUACCAACCCCAACACUAA